AUGGAUCAAAUAUGGAACAAUGUUAUGCAACUGAGUAACCGACCAACCAUACUCGUAGAUGGUGGAAUCCAUGCUCGGGAAUGGAUAUCGCUAGCAGCCGUACUGAAUUUUAUUAACUUCCUACAAACAAACACAGCUGCUGUGAACUUAAUAGAUGAAUUGCAGUGGUUUGUUAUUCCUGUUCUAGAUCCUGAUGGUUAUGUCUAUACAUAUACUACUGACAGUCUUAUGAGGAAAAAUAGAAAACAAUCUCAAGUCAACUCAAACUGCUUUGGUACGGAUUUGAACUGCAAUUAUGGUUACCAGUGGGAUCCUCUAGAAUCUGCAUCUAAUGAUCCAUACAGUCUCGUUUAUCACGGUCCUACACCAUUUAGUGAAAAAGAGAGUAUAGGUCUGAGAGACGCUAUGCUUCAACAAGGUCAAACUUACACCUCCUACAUAAUCUUCCAAUCAUAUGGCCUAUUUUAUUUAUACCCUUGGCUCCACACAGAUCAGCAAACAACGGAUUGGAUAUACUUAGAUGCUUGUGCAAAAGCAGCAACUGCAGUUAUAAACGGAAAAGAUAUGUUUGGCUUUAUAAAUAUUUCGACAUUAGCGUCAUUGAUAAGUCUUUUGUUGACGAAAUGCUCGUCUGGCGUACUAAAUUAUAAUCCUGGUACCUUUGAUAGGUGUUAUGGAAUAAAAAAGACAAACAACCUUUUACCGAUAUAUACAGGAAUCUUGCACUCUUAG